GUCGCUCCUGACAACCGGUCGAGCGAGAAGCUGUUCGAAGUUAAGAUUGUACACUUCCGUGUUCGAUGUUUCAGAAGAUGCAGUCUGUAUUGUAUCUGACGUGUGCAUUUGUUGCACUGGGUUGUGCUGACAUUGAACAUCAUCAACACGAUCAUCUCAGUGAAGAGCACUAUGUAGAUGGGGAACACAAUGCUGAGUAUGACAGGGACGCUUUCUUUGGAGAUGAGGAAGAAGAGGAGGAAUAUGCCAAGCUUAGUCCACUUGAACAACAGGAGAGACUGAUAUCUAUUGUGAAGAAAAUUGAUACCAAUUCAGAUGGCUUUAUCUCUGAUGAUGAGCUCAGCACAUGGAUACAGAAGUCUUUCAGACAUUAUUCAACUGAGGAGACAGCACAUCGAUUUCCAGAGUAUGAUGCCGACCAUGAUGGGAUUGUAUCGUGGGAGGAGUAUAACAUGCAUAUGUAUGACCGUGUCAUCAGUUUUGAUGAGGAUGUCGUCUUGAAUGAUUCAGAGGAAGAAUCCUUUCGACUGCUACAUUUAAAGGAUAAGAAACGCUUUGAACAUGCAGACAUUAAUGACGUUCCUGGACUGAACUUGACAGAAUUUAUAGCUUUUGAACAUCCAUCUGAAGUAGAUUACAUGAUGGAUUACGUCAAGCAAGAUGCAUUAGAAGAACAUGAUAGAAAUGGAGAUGGGUUUAUCAGUCUAAAUGAGUAUCUUGGGGACUACAGGAGAGAUCCAGGUGCAGAAAAUGAUGCUGAGUGGACAAUUGUAGAAAAAGAACGCUUUGAAAAUGUGUAUGAUAAGGAUCAAGAUGGUAAACUUAGCCCUGAGGAGCUGCUUAAUUGGGUGGUGCCCAACAAUUUGGAUGCUGCAAAAGAGGAAGCUGUUCAUCUUAUCAAAGAAAUGGACACAAAUGGUGACGGGAAGCUGACAGAGAAUGAAGUUUUGAGCAACCAGGAGCUCUUCCUCAGCAGUGAAGCCACUGACUACGGCAGACAGCUCCAUGAUGAGCAUUUCUUCCAUGAUGAGCUCUAAUCCUCAAUUGUACGCUUUUGACAUCCGGGUUAACUGUUUACACCAAAUCAAAAUGAAUCUGAACAUCUGCCUUUAUUAGGUUUUAGAAAAACCAACACUAUCUGCCAUAUAUAUGUAUAUAUAUAUAUAUAUAUAUAUAUAUAUAUAUAUAUAUAUAUAUAAAGACAUGGUUAUAAUGUUGCUGGUAUUAUUUGUAAAACGUAAGGUCUCUAAUAUCUUUUAUUUACAGUGUUUUAUUAUUUAAUUUCGAAGGCGUUGCUAAAUGUAAAAGGGUUUUUUUCCCUCACGUUUACAGAGUAUUUAACCUUUUUAGUUUUGUUUUUGUUUUGCGAUUCACUUUACAGUCAUUAUACUUGCCAGCUAAUCUCAAACUGACACAGGACUGGUUUUUCUUUUUUGUUUUUUUUUCAAAACGGAAAUAAAUAUGUUCAUGUU